AUGAUGAUUAAUUACAGACCAUGUUUUUAUUACAUUUUUGCCGCAGUGAUUGUAUCCUCAUUAAGUUUUCAAAAAGAUAUCGGCGUUCUAUUAAUGACUGAAAAUACCCUUCCGUUUGAUAUGCCUCGCAUUGCGCCUGCAAUAGACAUGGGUGUGCGGGAUGCUAAGGAAAUAUAUAAUGUAAAUUUCAAAACAAUUUUGUCUAAUUAUUCUACCGACUGCAAUGGUGUUUGGACGGAAGGUGUAGGGAAAAUAUCUGAUCUCUACCAUUUUAAGAAAGUUCGUGUGUUUGUCGGUCCAGCGUGCUCUCAAGGUGUGAUCUCGGGAGGGCAUCUGGCGGAAUACCUGAGAGUUCCUCUUGUCACGGGGGUAGGAGAUUUAGUGGAGAGGUCCCCCCAAAAAAACUUGGGAUAUGAAACCACAACCAUUUUGUCAUACUCCAUUGAUAAAAUGUCUGUUUCCAUGAAAGAAAUUUUGCUCCAUUACGGAUGGAAGCACACCGCCAUCUUAUAUGACGAAGACGAUGUUUUCUUCCGGCGAGUAGGAGAGAACCUGGCUCUGGACUUCCGGAAAGACGACACACUCAGAAGGCCAUACGAGAAACCCUUCCCAGAAUCCACCGAGAACUUCUCUGGUAUCCUGUCUGAGGCCUCAAAGUAUGCUAGAGUUUUUAUAAUACUGGCAAAAGCUCGGCAGUUCAGAGACGUAAUGUACCACGCCUACAGACAGAAUAUGGUACAUGGAGACUAUGUGUUCAUCACUAUUGAACUUUUUCCAAGCACUCACUGGGGAUUCUACACUAGGUUCAGCGAUCAGUCAUAUAAUGAUUCCUACAAGAACGAGUACGUGAGGGUGGCAUACGAAUCUGUCCUCAUUCUCUCCUUAAUGCGACAGGGAGGCGUGAAGUACGAAACUUUCAAGACAGAGGUGCAAGCCCGGGCUUUCAAGGAUUAUGGCUACAUUUUGGAUCAAAACGAGGCUGUACGUCACGUCCAUAUUUUAUAUACUUGAUAAAGUAAUAUUUCGAGAGUGCCUGCUCUUGAUGAGGUGAUAGCUAUUGAUGAGCAUGGUGAUAGAAUUGCCGACUUUGACGUGUUUGAUCUACGGAAUGGAUACACCGAUCCCCCACAAUUUGGUGUUGUAGGGAAGUUUUAUGGGGCUACCUUAAAGUACGGUCCCGUGACAGGCAUUGCUAUUAAGUGGAUUAAAGGACUUCCUGUAGAUGUACCUGCGUGUGGAUUUAGUGGAGAGCUCUGUAUACAAAACGUGGAUAAAACUACCCUGAUGAUAGGACUAGGAUUUUUGUUCAUCGUCAUAGUAUUCUGUAUUCUGUUUGCCAUAGGAUAUCAUUUUCACAGAAAGAACCAUGCAUUAUACGAAAUGAAAUGGAAGAUAAAUUGGGAACAUGUUCAGCUAAAACUCACAGGAUCAACAAUGACGUUUGGAAGUUACAAAUCUGUUAAUACCUUUCAUGAUUCAACAAUCGAGCCGGAAAUUCUAUCUACAAGGACUAACGAGACAAGUCGACAGGUCUUCACUACUGUCGCUUUUUGCAGAGGAGUUAUUGUGGCUAUACGGAAAUUUGCCUUUUCUUCCAUUGACCUCAAUAAAGACAACCUCAUUGAAUUGAAACAGUUGCUGUCUUUACGACAUACAAAUGUUGCCACUUUCAUAGGCGCUUGUGUCGAUGUGGGGAAAAUAUCCGUGAUGAUGGAAUAUUGUCCUAAGGGAAGUUUACAGGAUAUUUUGCAAAACGAAAGCAUUGAAUUGGACUGGACGUUCAGAUGUUCUCUCAUACAAGAUAUUAUAAUGGGAAUGAAUUACUUGCAUGGAAGUGACAUCAAAAUUCAUGGUCGAUUAAGCAGUGCUGCGUGUGUUGUUGACCAAAGAUUCUCGUUAAAAUUACGAUGUUAUGGUCCGAAGUGUUUCUAUGAAAAAGAGGCAAUAAAGAAAUCAUCAGUAAAUUACAAUAAACUUUUGUGGACAGCCCCUGAAAUACUGCGAUCGAAAUACUGGAACCCAGGAACACAGAAAGGGGAUGUAUAUAGCUUUGGAAUUAUCCUCCAAGAGAUAGUGGACAGAGCUGCCCCAUUCGAUAGCUACGCUAUGAUUCUUUACGUAUAUAGAAUAACAAAUGUAGAGAGUCCACCAUUCCGACCACUGCUAAACGACAGAUAUUCAGAAAAAUUAAAUAUACUGAUGACAGAAUGUUGGUCCGAAAUCCCCGAUGAUAGACCUACAUUUGACGUCAUAAUUAAAAGAUUCAAAACAAUCUUCAGAGGUCGGAGUAACAAUAUAAUGGACAACCUGAUCAGACGAAUGGAGCAAUACGCCAACAAUCUAGAAGGACUGGUCGAGGAGAGAACAAAGGCGUACGUGGAGGAGAAACGAAAAGCAGAGAAUCUGCUAAAUCGAAUGCUCCCCAGAUCCGUGGCUAAGAGUCUACAGCUAGGACAGUCUGUUGAUCCGGAGACGUUUGAUGAGGUGACUAUCUACUUCAGUGAUAUUGUCGGAUUCACCGCUCUGGCGGCCAGGAGCACGCCAUUAGAGGUGGUGGCCUUCCUCAAUGAUCUCUACACCUGCUUUGAUUCCAUUAUCAAUGACCGAAAGGUGUACAAGGUGGAAACCAUAGGUGAUGCUUACAUGGUUGUGGCAGGCUUACCAGAAAGGAUAGGACCUUACCACGCCAAAGAAAUCGCCGAUAUGGCACUGACAAUCAAAGACAAAGUACAGACAUUUACAAUACGACAUCUUCUUGACGAACAGCUCAAAAUCCGAAUAGGACUCCACUCAGGUACAGUUGUCGCUGGAGUGGUGGGGUUGACCAUGCCGCGGUAUUGUUUGUUUGGGGAUACAGUUAAUACAGCAUCAAGAAUGGAGUCCUCGGGGGAAGCUAUGAAGAUACAUAUAUCUGCACCAACAAAGAUAAUACUUGAAAAAUUCAUUGAAUAUCAAAUUCUAGAGCGAGGUGAAGUUGAUAUCAAAGGGAAAGGCCUGAUGAAAACAUUUUGGUUGGAAAGAGUACACUGAGAGGUAUUCAACAAUCCUCAGUCUUAAAUGGAGUUACAUUCUCUUGAAUUUGUGGUUUUCCAAAUAAACUUCUCUUUGUAUGAUAUUUUGAUAAAUGCAAUAAUUCAUUUUAGACCAUUUUUUAACAUGUACAUUUUACCAUUUUCAAUUUUCAAGAGAAAUGCAAGUUCAUAGCUCCAGGACACAUCAUGAACAAAUACUAGUACCAAUUAUUGUAUUCAAUCAAAAUUCUGAAAUUAAAAAUGCAAUGCAGAAGAAUUCAAACAGUCAUGAUUUGUCGUUAUUUUAUUCUUGUAAGGAUUUGUCUGUGAGCCGGUAAAUGUUCAUGAUAUAAAAAAAAAACA